ACCAACCAAACUGUGAUGGCAUUUGAUGCCAAAACAACAGAGUAAGGUUAUGUACAAUUGUGUUUGAAUAUUUGUAUAUUUAUGGAUUUUCUGUAUUUUAAAAGUACAUAUCUGUGAUUGUGGGUUCACUUUUGCAGGUGUAGUGUUACUUUGUGUGCCGGGAAAUGUAAUAAAACGCAAUUUUGUCCGAAAAAAAUUGUGCGCCUAGAAUCAACAUUCCUACUCCACAAGUCUCAAAUCUGCUUAAAAGUUAAUACAAUUCAAGAUGUAUCGCACCGAUAAACAGUUCAUGACCAAUCCUGCAACAGCCCCCUCGCGCAUCUACAUCGGGGGCAUCCCCAAGACAGUGGUCGCAGCCGACUUGGAAGAAAAAUUCAAAGUACACGGAAAAAUCCUAGGCCUUGUCCUCCAAAUGGGCUUCGCUUUCAUCCAAUUCGAAAACGAGAGCCAAUCGCAUGCCGCGAUUCAAAACGAAAACAACACCAUGCUCCACGGCAGAAAAAUCUGCGUGAGACAAGCGUUAGACAAGACCCAAAAAGGGGCAAACAAUAUGAAUAAACAAAUGCCAAAUCGGAGACAAGGCCCCCCUCAGCACUACAACGAGGGGCCUUACAUGCCCCCGCCCCCACACCAGUUCCAAAUCCACCCGCUCCCACAUCAACAGGGGCCGCGCCCACAUCAACAGCAAGGGCCGCCUCCGCAUCAACAGCAAGGACCACCCCCGCAUCAGCAACAGGGGCCGCCUCCACAUCAACAGCAGGGGCCACCGCCACAUCAACAGCAACAGUUCCAGAAGCCCCCAGAAGAGGCCCCGAAGCCCACCCCCAAACCCGAACCGGAGAAAGAGCAAGAGCAAGUCCCAGCUGCGCCGCUUCCAAACCAGCCGCCGCCUAAUAUGGGGCCCCAAAAACCGCCAAUGGUGCAGGAGGAGCCCCCGAAGAAGGAGGCGCCGAUAGAGAGGAGAGGGCGGAAGAGAAGGAUGCGGAGUCGGGAGCGGUUUUCGUCAGACAUGUACAGGGAGGACGGGUAUUAUCCUUCGGGGAAGUACUCAAAUCGGCCGCCUGUUAUUGACCAACCUGACAGAAAUGACUGCGAAAUUAUUGUCGUCUCGAAGCAGUUGACGAAAUACGCCGAGUAUAUUGAACAGAGACUGAAAGCCUUGGGACUCAUCGUGGAUUUGCUGUUUCCAAACGAGGAUGUCCCCAUUGGCCGAGUGUUGGCGAAUAUUUCAAGCAGAGGCUGUUUGUAUGCAAUUUUGGUCAUGCCGCAAAAUGAGGAACACAGAAGUUUGACUCUUAAUAUUUUACAUGGGAAUCCCCAAGAGCACCGGAAUAUGCCAAUAGAAGAUGCUUUGGUCCUAAUGACACGAAAUUUUGAUGCUUAUAUGCGUGGAGAUAAAACAGCGUCAGAACCGACCCCUGGGGCUAUUAAAAGUGUUUCUGACAGACAUCCAACAGCAAUGCAGUUGCUGUUGAAUUUGCUGGCUGAAAACCGCCAGUUAACAACAGUCCAGUACGACCGAUUGAUGAAGUACUUACAAGAGCGCCGCGAAAUUCAACACCAACACGAAGUAAGUGAAGGAGUCGAUCAAGACUCACAAGAAUCUAACAGCAAACAAGCCGAACUUCAAAGUCGCAUCAUGAACAUAUUAAAUAAAGCUUCCACUGAGAUUCAACCGCCAGCUCAAGAACCGACACCGUCAAAUGACGUUGCACCGCCACUUCUGAAAGAUCCUUCCGUUCAAAAGGCGCUGGAUAGUCUUUUAGGUGGUGAAAUGUUUAAAAAUAUUGGUGUGGUGUAAAAUUCGUCAAAUAAAAUGUCCUACUCGACGUUAUUUCAAAUUUAA